AUGGCUUUUAGGACAUCUCCCAAUAUCCUAAUCACCACACCCACCACUUCCGUGAGGGCCUCUUCGACGGUGGUUGGUACAUAUGGGGUCUGUGUGGCGGGUGCGGCACCGUCACAAACAGAAACUGAUGAAUUUCAAGCUGAAAAGAGGCUCAAACCAGGGUAUCGCACAUCGUCAUCAGACUCAGAAUCAACAUCGUCUUCGCCAUCACCAAUGCCGGAGAGGAAAUUAGAUAUCCCUAUAACUAGGCAUAACAACCCCCAUAAUCACCAUCACCAACAAAGUUCUCGUCGGGCAUCUCAACCGAGACCCAAGAUAUGGACAAAGAACCCGUGCCGGGGCCGUCGACAGCACCGGACACGUAUGCAGCAUAGCAGCCGCGCACAGAACGACGCGGCCACCAUCUCCACGAACAACGGGACCACCACCACCCACUGA